CACUUCACAUAACAUAACUGGCUUGACUCGGUUCCCUUUGUUUGGUGCCAACCAACCUAACUACGCCCAAGUUUCAGAUAGCUUUCCCCUGUGCACGAGUGGGUUUUCAUCUUCAAUUCAAGAACAGGUGAUUACUCCCUAACCCUAGAUUAAAAGAUGAAGCUUCAAUUUCUAUCUAUCCUUUUGCUCCUUUUUUAUCCGUCUAUGCUUAAUUUCGGAAUAGUUUUCGUAUAGUUAUAAUCACUACACUUCUGGAGUUAUUGAUUAGUUUUAUUUAGAGGAAAAGGGAUAUGGGUGUAGCCAUCAAUGAAGCUAUAGCAGUUUCAGUCUUGUAAUGCAAACAACGGAAGCUAUGGCAUUCAACAUUUUUGUAACCAUAUUUUAGAAGACUUAGAAUUUUCAAUUAACAAUUUUGUAUCACACAACCGUGAUCUGCAUAUGUUGUAGCGUCACACCUUCCCUAACCAUGUCAUUAGCUGCGACACUCUCUCCCUUAUCAUUUCAAACACUUAAAUCUCGUCAACAAGUAUUUCACUCCAUUUAUCUCCAUCGGCAUACCUCAAAUUUCAGACUCAGAUUUUUACCUUUUCAAACUCCUUUUCGCCUUCAAGCCUCAAGACGAAUCUCCAAUUCUCCCCAGGGUAGUGAUACUCUUGUGGAUGAUCCACGCAGUUGGAGCCGUUCUAUCAGCUCUGAAUACAGUAGACAUGGUGAUGAUGAAGAUGACGAUGAUGAUGAUGAAGAAGAAGAAGAAGAUAGAAGUCUUGAUCUUUUGAUUAAGUUCGUCCAGAAUGUUUUUAAGAAGAUCUCUAGGCGUGCUCGACGAGCUGUAAGAUCAGUUCUUCCAAUAGUUAUCCCAACCAAACUGGUGGGAUUUUCUGUCAAUGGAGUGCUAAUUCUUGCUUUUUUGUGGAUUUUGAAGGCGUUUCUUGAGGUUGUUUGCACCAUCGGUAGUGUAGUUUUUGUGAGCAUCUUACUCAUCCGAGGAAUAUGGACUGGGUUAAUCUAUUUGCAAGAAAACCACAACCUUUCAAUAAAGGACUUUGAUGACGAGAAUGGCGCAUGGGAUCGUGUUAAGCCUGCUUGACAACAGACAAGCAUGCUUCUGUAACAGAUGUAGUCUGUUCUAGAUAGGAAUCUUGGAUACAAAAAUUGCUUACCUUUCUGGAGAUCAAGAACUAACUACAUCUGUUAUCAUAUAAUAAACAUUUUCUAAGGUAGCAAGGUCUACCUUUCUGUAUCAUCAUCACAUAUCAGAUCAGAUCUACAGGUAUAAAUAAAUCUGGCAUGAUUAUGCCUGUCUCGUGUAUUCAUAUCAUAUGUUUCAUAACUUGGGACUUUGGGGUAAUGAAAUGGAAUGCAAAAAAAAAAAAAAUUAAUAUUUAUUUCA